CUCCAGCAUAUCCUUUUCUCUUAUCACAUUCGUUAUCUGCCAAUAAAAAAGCACUCCACCUUCGUUAUAAAAAUUAAAUUACUCUGUCUCAAACAACCACAGCUGAAGAAAACAAUAUGAAACCUAACUUCUCUUAUUUUUAUCUCCUACUUAUCUUCAUCACCUUCCUCGCCAUCACUGCAACCAAUCUCAUCAUCCAAGAAACUUGCAGGAAAUGUGCCCAUAACGAUCCCAACAUUCACUACAGCUUCUGUGUAGCUUCUCUUCAAUCAUCUCCUGAUGCCCACUGCGCUAAUAAUCUUCGCCAACUUGGCAUCAUCUCCCUCAAGUUAACUCGCCUCAACGUGACUGACACCAGGCACAACAUUAAGGAUCUCUUGAAGAACAAAAGAUUGGAUUCCAGCCUCAGGUCUUGCUUAAAUGAUUGCUUUGAUCUUUAUUCAGAUGCCAUCCCCACUAUAAAACAAGCCAUCAAAGAUUACAACUCUAAUCACUAUGAAGAUGUUAAUAUUGCAGUCAGUGCAGUUACUGAUGCCUCCACUACUUGUGAAGAUGGGUUCAAAGAAAUUGGUAUAGUUUCACCAUUAACAGGGAGGAAUAACAAUACGUUUGAGUUGUCUGCCAUAGCGCUUUCGAUCAUCAAUAUGCUCCAUUGAUAUUUCCUGUUUUGUUCUGCAAGGUUAAUGGUUAACUAAGUUCAUUACAGACUUGUUAUUAACUCCAUUAUAAUAAAAACAUGUAAGUUAAUGUUCUGAAGCAAAAUUUGGUGAAAAAAAAAUGGAUAUAUAGUUGCUAUUUCUAUCUCGUGAAGUCGUCGUUCAAAAUCACAGAAA